AUGGUUUGGUACGAUGGGACCCCAGCGUACCUAUGGGAACACUCUCCUGUUCCCUCAGCUCUUCGCUAUGUUAAAUGUAUGAGAGGGAUAGAGAAUGUGGUUGCAUUAGGCAAGCAGUACAGCGAUGACGGAGAUCUGCGAUUUGCGGCCACCCUGCUCAGUCAUGCCGUCUUUGCUGACCAGAAUAACGACAGUGCAAAGGAAGCCCUGCAAUCGGUCCAUCUUCAGCUGGGCUAUGGAGCUAAAAUGGAACAUGACGCAACAUUUACCUUACGGGGGCAUACGAGCUGGAUCAUUCCAAUCGGCCGUCGCGACUCUUCAAGAAUGCCGCGACAUUAA